CAAGAAGACAAUUGGCCCCCACCGAGCAACUCGUGAACUUGACAGUGGCGUGGCCGUGUACCAGACUGCCAGUGCUUAUCACCUGCUUUUCUUUUUCAUUUGUCUUUUCUUUUUUUUAUUGGGGGUUGAUCCAAAGCUUAGUCCUCUUUAAGGACUUUGCUUUCUGGCAACCGCUUAUCUUGCAUGUGUCGUGUCGCUGGAUGACCACCACUCUUUUCAAAGCGCUUGAAACUCUGAUUACGAUUGUGCAACGUUGGUCUUUUGACCUUUUUUCUUCUCCGAAAAAUGAAGCAUCUAAGUCAAAGUGGUGCUUCGAACUUGGGCGCCGCCCUAUCCAUGCUAAUAUUAUCGAUACUGGCCGUGGCACUUCGACUCGUCUUUCGCUUGCAGGCUAGACAGGGCCUUACAUUGUCCGAUGCAACAAUGGUGCUUGCCUUGGUAUUUACGAUCGCUUUCUAUUCUUUGGUCAUUAACUAUACUGCCGACGGACCGGGGCCUGGCACUUGGAGUAUACCCCAAGUCCUUACAAAUCUGGAGAAUGGCGGCAUUACCUGGGGAGUGGCUCUUCUAAAGGUCAGUUACCUUAGCGGAGUCAUCUUUAUCACGGCGAUCAACAUCACCAAACUCUCGAUUCUCGCUCUCUAUCACACCCUAUUUGGGAUCUCCGUCCCAUUCAAACGCUUCAAUUGGGCGAUGGUGGGAGUGGUUUUAUUCUUCUGGAUUCUGUUCGAGUUCAUCUUCAUCUUCCAAUGCAGUCCUAUACCGAUGUUCUGGAAUCUGGCCGAGUCUGCGACCCACUGCAUGUCGGUCACACACAUCCUCUUUGCUUUUGAGUUCACCAAUUUCUGCGUGGAUGUUGCCAUGCUGGUAAUGCCACUGGUGAUGAUUAAAAACCUCAAUCUCCCCAGGGCGAAGAAACUGUCUGUUAGUGGGAUUCUACUUCUAGGUGGGAUGGUCUGCAUUGUUAGCGUCGUCCGAUUAUAUUUCAUCUGGAAUCCAGCAUCGAUCCACUUCCCCAGAAGCUUGCCGGCAAUGGAGGUCGCGUCCGAGGUGCAGCUUGGUGUCGCCAUCUUUUGUGCAUGCCUUCCCACAUAUGCGCCGGUACUCAAACUCUUCCGAAGCCUAUGGAGGAGCUUCGGGCAACGCGGAUCGAAGAAGUCCUUUGACUACAGAAUGACCCCUCCCAGCAACCGAUCCCACAGGGACAACGAUGUGCCCGAUCUUCGUUUUGCGGACAAUAAGACACUGAUUGAUUCGACAGGCAUCAGAAUCAACUCAGAUCCCUUCGGAGAUUCGUCGGGAACUGACACUCAAACCUUACACAUGGAGACGGAUGACCAUCGCGGCGCGGAUGCGGUCUGAAUGGGCCCAGCUCAGCCUAUAAAUAUAUAUUAGAGGUCUCAUACAGUGACAGUACCUACUGGCUGAGUACUACGCCUAUGCAUUUUAUUCAUAAUUCCUUCAUUAUUCCUUGAAAAAUUCCCAUGAAGGCUGUAUAUACCCCUG